AUGAUGAGCCGUGAUUUAACCAUUCCAGUGAGGGUCUCUCGUCCCCGCGUGAGGACCCUUUCAUCAGUCGUCAUUCUGGACAGCAACCACAACUCCCUGGUCAGUUUGCAGGACAAUUCAGUGGAAGUGAAGUCGUCCACCGGCACAGAGGCAACAGUUGGCGUAGCGCAAGUGGAACACGAGACAGCGUCUACAGAGUCCACGGUUGUCGGAUCAAAAGAGAACGCCGGCUCAGUACUUCAGACAGCAGAGCAGAGCCAGAGCCAGACAGCAGAGCCAUCGACCACACAGGGCGUGACACUGGACAGUGCCGUCAUCGCCAAACCCACUUCGCCUGCAUUGUCUAGAAAGGACACUGUGCCGGUGGGUCCCUUCGACGACAGCCAGUUGCGACCGGCGCUGCGGGCGAAACUGCGAAGCAACGAGAAGCAGCCACUUACUCGGACCGAGUGGAGUGAGUUGACAGGAGUGAUCGUCAACCACGAAAAGCUCACAAACGGAUCUCUCACCAUGACCCAUAACCGCUAUAUGGAUCUAGCGGACCGGGCGCUCGAGCAGUGGCCAGCUCUGCUGCACGGCUUGACUUCAAGGCAGGCACUGGAGCAAGUAAAAAACAAGAUUCAAUGGCGUGUGAGGAACUAUAAACGACCGGACCCGGGUGUCAUGGGAUCAUUCAAGCGGCCGGCCCAGGCGACAGCGGCGAAGAAGGCGAAGAAGUCCAGACGCUACGAAAACUUCGAGGGAUAUCAAGACUACCUCCCGCCGGAACCAGAGGAGGACAUGCAAGUUCACAGGAAUCGGCUAAGGCAAGAGGGACUAACCGAGGAAGAGCGGGAAGCGCUGCGAGACUUGACAUUCGCGGACCGCCGUCGACACGCCGUGGCUCUCUCGACGCCAAUGAAGAAGUUCCUGCACAUGUACCCCAUGAUGAAGAAUCACCAAGAGGUAAGUUAUAGGAGGCAAGAAGGAGUCUUGUAAGAAGGAGUCAAGGAGGCAGUCUUGUAGAGUAAUAUUUCGCCGGGGAACCUUCAUCGGUACCUGACUCGAUUGAAUUUGCAAUAAUACCUGCAAUAAUACUAUCCCGAAAUUGUUCCGAUG